CAGGAUGUUGCUCCCUUAUAUUUUGGGCUUGUACUCGCAGGCACCACGCACGCUCGACAGGCAGUAUACCAGUAUGCUCGGACCGACAGCAUUUCUUUUAGUGCUGGCAGUAGGGGGCCGUGCUGGUGCGUGUGGUGUAUUCCAAUUUCAAUGCGCCAACGCCAACAGCGCUUGUCUGGACAUCUCAUCGAAAUGUGAUGGCGAGAAUAACUGCGGCGACGGGUCAGAUGAGCUGCCGUGCAAAGUUCCGUUCACGAACUUGCAGAUAGGUGAUCAAGUAGAUGUGGUCAUCCAGCAUGUGAAGAGGAAUAGGGGCCUGCGAUUUCUGUUGUGUGGGGGCGGCGAGUGCAACAUGAUCACUGUCCUCGGCGUAGAUGCUGACGCCACGCUGUCCUACUAUGCAUACUCUGGCUGCAAGCAGUGGGGACUGCCUUGCCUCAAGGAGGAGGGAGAGAAUUUUCCACCGACCGCCCAGGAGCUCCCGACUCGAGAAGUUACAUUUCGGGCGGCUCUUAAUGCCACAACGCUUAGUCUGUGGCCUCGCGGAUACCCUGGUCGCGCCGUGUCCGUACCGUCAGUUGGUGUGUCGGGCAGGAACCUAGGACAACUUAGAGUGAGGCCUCUAGUCUGGUUCAGUGACCCGAUCGUUGUGUUCCGAAAGGUAUCACCAAGCUGCGAUCGUUACUUCUGCUUAGCCGUAUUUGAGCCGGUCUGUGCCACCUUUAGAGGACUUCUUAGAACAUUCGGCAAUGACUGCGAACUGCGAAGAUACAUCUGCGCGAGCGGAGAAGGUUGGGUGAAGGUCAGUGACUCACAUUGCCCCUACGGAGAUCCUGCAACGCCUACUGAUGAUCAAAAGAAUUAGAUUGUAUGUAAGUAUUAUGAUGUUUUGAAGGUUCCAAAAACCAAACC